AUGGCUAUUACCAACAAUGUGACUCAGUUAAUUUUUACGGGACUUUUCCAAGAUCAAGAAGCACAGAGAGUUUCAUUUGUUGUUUUUCUUCCUGUGUACAUGGUCACAAUGUUGGGCAAUGGCCUCAUCAUCUUGACUGUCAACAUGAGCAAGAGUCUGAGCUCCCCCAUGUACUUCUUCCUCAGUCAUCUAUCCUUAGUAGAGAUCUGUUACUCCUCUACUAUUGUUCCUAAAUUUAUUUCUGGCUUGUUGACUGAGAAUAAAACCAUCUCAUUGGAUGGCUGCAUGACCCAGAUCUUCUUUUUCCACUUCUUUGGAGUUGCUGAGAUCCUCCUUCUCACAGUGAUGGCCUAUGACCGGUAUGUGGCCAUCUGCAAACCCCUGCAUUACAUGACCAUCAUGAGCCGUCCUGUGUGCCAUGUGCUGGUGUUUAGUUCCUGGAUAGGGGGUAUGUUUCAUUCUGUAGUUCAGAUUCUCAUCACUGUCCAAUUGCCUUUCUGUGGUCCUCAUGUGAUUGAUCACUAUUUCUGUGACCUCCAUCCCUUGUUCAAGCUUGCCUGCACUGAUACUUUUGUGGAAGGAAUUAUUGUGUUUGCCAAUAGUGGUUUGUUCUCUGUGAUUUCCUUUCUCUUCUUGAUUUCUUCUUAUGUCGUCAUCCUGGUUCACUUGAGAAACCAGUCAGCAGAGGGGAGACGCAAGGCUCUCUCUACUUGUGCCUCCCACAUCACUGUUGUUCUCUUAUUCUUUGGUCCUGCCAUCUUUCUCUACUUGAGGCCAUCUUCUACCUUUACUGAAGACAAACUUGUGGCUGUGUUCUAUACAGUGGUUACGCCAAUGUUGAAUCCCAUCAUCUAUACGUUGAGAAAUGCAGAAGUGAAGAAUGCUAUGAGGAGAUUGUGGGUCAAGAAAGUGAACUUGGGAGGGGAAUGA